AUGCCCGGCACGAUGUCGCGGCCUGCCGCCCAGGAGGCCGGGCCCAGCCCGUGGCCGGGCCACCCGCGGGCCGCCGGGGACGCCGACCCGGGCCCGGCCGGGCACGCCGAGGACGACGCCGAGCUGCGCGGGCAGAUCGGGGACCUGUGGCGCCAGGAGCAGAAGAUGCGGCGCGAGCUGCGGGAGAUGCAGCAGGGCCAGCAGGCGAUCCUGCAGGUCCUGCAGGACCUGAGGUCGGCCGGCGACGGCUCCAGCCACGCGGAGCUCCAGGCCAGGCCGGGCCUCUGGCACACCGUGCAAAGCAACGCCACCAGCCACGCGACGUCGGGUUCACCGCGCACUUUCAUGGUGAAGUCGCCGGCCAAGGGCAAGGUACCCCUGCGCAGCGACAGCUCGAGCUCCAUGACGGGCACCGACGCCAGGGGUAACGCGAACAGCGCGCAGCAGGAUGCGAUUGCACGCCGAGACCUUUAUCGGGCUGGGCGCAACCUGAAGGACAACGCCAUGCGAACACUGGAAACCAGCUGGGACUUUCGUGCGAGUGCAAAUUCAUCUCUUCACGGGUCGAGCUUGCGCAGCAAGAUAGGUGUUCGGGGUUUGUCAAGGUUUUGCAGGCGCAUCUCGCACUCCAAGUUCUUCGACGCCUUCGUUGGCGUGAUCAUCUUCUCCAACAGCCUCUGCAUAGGCAUUUCGUUGCAGUGGGAGCUGGACGGAAGGGACAUCAGCACGCUCGAGGCCGUGGAGAACGUGUUCCUGGCGUUCUACGUCGUGGAGGUCGGCAUACUGCUGGCUGCGUGGGGCAGGCACUGCUUCCACAAUGCUUGGUUCAUCUUCGACUUCUUUCUAGUCUCCGUCGGCGUCUUCUCAGAGUGGAUGCUGCCUUCUCUCCUGGCUCUCAUGGACAGCGGUGACGAGCUGGGCUUCUUGGAGCAGGUCCUGGUCGUGCGCAGCCUCCGGCUGCUGAGGCUGGUGCGUGCGCUGCGGGCAAUGGAGCUCUUCAAGGACAUGUGGAAGCUCGUGCGCGGCAUGAUCGGCUCGGCGCGCACCGUCACAUCGGCCUGUCUGCUGAUCUUCGGCAGCUUAUAUCUCUUCGGCUGCAUAGGGGUGCAGCUGAUGGCCGAGGACGAGGUCCUGCAGGGCGACCCGCGUACGGCCCAGCUGAUGGAGCUCCACUUCUCCUCGCUCCCGAUGGCGAUUUUGACCUUGGUGCAGUUUGCGAACUACGACUCCAUCGCUUCGAUUUACGUGCCGAUCAUCAAAGUGAGGCCUGUCUUGUGCGUGUACUUCAUUACCGUCAUAUUGGUGGUACCUGUGUGCCUGAUGAACCUGGUGACUGCCCUCAUAGUCGAUCAUGCCAUUGGGUGCGCAAAGACGGACGCCGACAUGGCCGCCCUCGCGGUGCGCAGACGCCUCAGGGACCUGAAGCCGCAGAUAAACCAGGUGUUCAAGGCCCUGGACCAAUCCGGGGACGGGCACAUACAGUUCAGCGAGAUCGACUUCGAUACGAUCUCCAUACCUGACGACUUGCGGGACAUAAUUCAGCCAGCGUUGUUGUCGGACUUGUUCGAGUUUCUCGACGUGGACGAUUCAGGGGAGUUGGACGAGCAGGAGUUCGAGAACGGCGUGUGCCACCUCGCGCUCUCGUCUGGCAUGCAGGGCGUGUCGAUCGAGAGCACGCAGAUGAUCCAGAUGCUGCGGCAGCAGAUAUCGUGCAUCCAGGACCUGCAGGAGAGGGUCUGCUUCCUGCACGAGCGGGGCAUGCUCGCGUGCCUGCAGGAGAUGGGCUGGCCAGAGGUCGGCAGCCGAUGCUCGCGGACAAGGGUGUCGAGGAGGGCGCCGGAUAACAACGUCGACGCAGGAGGCGGCGGCAGCAACGGCGCCCUGGGCACUCCAGAAGGAGGUGUUCAUGGCAGCACCGCGGCGCCGACGCCCAGGCUCCACGAGGCGUGGACCAAAGAGAUGUCCUUGGACAGCGACUUCAGCAAUGAUGAGCCGAUGGCUGCUUCACAGCUCGAAUGCUGGGCCCAUGGCUGCUGCACAGCGCCCCGGGCGUGGCGCGACCCUGUGACGCCCGCGGCCGCUUCCGGGGCAGGCCGGCGCAGAGAGGCGCUCUCCCCCCGCGAGGCGCGGUGCCCGAGGGGCUCGGGAAGCCGCCGGUCGGUGCCCCGCGGUGGGCGCCGGUCGGGGGGCGAGCGCGGCACGCCCUCGGCGCUCCUGCGCCUCGUCCCCUCCCUUUUGCCUGAGGUCGGGCGUGUGCCUCCGCAGGAGGGGUGUGCAGAGAUCGCAGGAGGAUGGCCGGGGGGCGACUGCUAUACAUGCUUUUGUUCGGCGAUCUGGGGGACUUGCUUGCCUCUUUUUCUCUCUUCCUCCAGGGCCCGCCCGUACGCAAGAGGACAUGCCCCACCAAACCCCUUGCCCCGCCUGUGCUUCGUCCUCGUCUCGCUUCACUGCGUUGCUUCGGAGGCAAGCGGCCGCCAGAACUUGCGCGACUGCUUCGUUUCGGGCUUGCCCUUUGUUUCCGGGCAGCGGCUGCGAUGGAAGGUUGCCGCGGAGAGCCUCGGGCCUCGCGCGGGCGCCGGCUAA